CAGUGGGUCUGGGGGCUUGCCCGGCCUGCCCCGCUCUGAGGCUCGCCGCUCUCUCCCCAGGAGGGCUUUGUGGACUUUUUCCGCCUGGAGGACCUGGAGGGCAGCAUCCGGAACGUUCUGAUGGCCUUCGCGGGCGUGGCCGGCCUGGGCGCCAGCCUGGCCUACAUGAUCCGGUGAGCCCGGCCUGCCCGCGCCCCAGGGUCACACUCUGGGGGGACUGGCUCCCCGGGACCCCCAAGAACCAGACUUUGGGGGGACUGGCUCCCCGGGACCCCCAAGAACCAGACUUUGGGAGGACUGGCUCCCCGGCACUCCCAGGAUCACAUUUUGGAAGGACUGGCUCUUUGGGGAUGCCCAAGAUCACAUUUCUGGAGGACUGGCUACUCCCAAGAACCAAAUUUUUGGAGGACUGGCUCCUUGGCACUCCCAGGAACAGAUUUUGGAAGGACUGGCUCCCUGGGGCUGCCCAGGAUCAGAUUUUGGAAGAACUGACUCCUUGGGGAUGCCCACAACCAGAUUUUGGAAGAACUGCCUUCCUGGGGCUGCCUGGGAUCAGAUUUUGGAAGGACUGUCUCCCUGGGGCUGCCCACCACCAGACUUUGGGAGGACUGGCUCCUUGGGCAUGCCCAGGACCAGACUUUGGAAGGACUGGCUCCCUGGGAUCAGAUUUUGGAAGAACUGCCUUCCUGGGGCUGCCUGGGAUCACAUUUUGGAAGGACUGGCUCCCUGGAGCUGCCCACCACCAGACUUUGGAAGGUCUGGCUCCCUGGGGCUGCCCGGAAUCAGAUUUUGGAGGACUGGCUACUCCCAAGAACCAGAUUUUGGAAGGACUGGCUCCCUGGAGCUGCCCACCACGAGAUUUUUGGAGGACUGGCUCUUUGGGGCUGCCCACCAUCAGAUUUUGGAAGGACUGUCUCCCUGGGGCUGCCCAGGAUCAGAUUUUGGAAGGACUGGCUACUCCCAAAACCAGAUUUUGGAAGGACUGGCUACUCCCAAAAGCAGAUUUUGGAAGGACUGGCUACUCCCAAAACCAGAUUUUGGAGGACUGUCUCCCUGGAGCUGCCCAGGAUCAGAUUUUGGAAGGACUGGCUACUCCCAAAACCAGAUUUUGGAGGACUGGCUCCCUGGGGCUGCCCGGGAUCAGAUUUUGGAAGGACUGGCUACUCCCAAAACCAGAUUUUGGAAGGACUGGCUACUCCCAAAAGCAGAUUUUGGAAGGACUGGCUACUCCCAAAAGCAGAUUUUGGAAGGACUGGCUACUCCCAAAACCAGAUUUUGGAGGACUGUCUCCCUGGAGCUGCCCAGGAUCAGAUUUUGGAAGGACUGGCUACUCCCAAAACCAGAUUUUGGAAGGACUGGCUACUCCCAAAAGCAGAUUUUGGAGGACUGUCUCCCUGGGGCUGCCCACCCCCAGGUUCUGGCUGCAGACCCCCGCAGGAGGACACGGAGCCGUCCCUGGAGCAGCCCCCGAGGAGGAGGAAGGUGAUCCCGGCUGGUGGGCGCAGCAUUCCUGGCUUCUGGAAGAGUUUUCCCUCUCCUCCCCUCACCCGGAGGAGCUCAGGUGGAUUUUUGCUUCUGAUCCCAGAGGAACCAACUCCAGCAGCUCCUGCAGGAGGAGCAGGCGUUUUCAGGCUUGUGGUUUUUGGGGUUUUUCGGUUGUUUUUUUUUUUUUUUUUUUUUUUUUAAUUUUUUUUUUUUUUUCCUGGAAAUAGCACC